AUGGAUUACAAGACGAUGCUCAACUACUACUUCAAGCAGGACGACUAUGGAGGCGUCAGGAUUGAAAUCGGCAAAGUUGAAAUAAUUUCUCACGCGUAAAUUGCAAGGCAUGAAGUGCCUCUCUUGCAGGGGCGGCAGGUGAGGCCGACCGUCAGCCUGUUUGGGAUCUGCGGCAGAGCUGCUCAAGUAGCAUGACAAAAGACGCCUUCUGUCAUUAAACAGCAUGACAAACUGGAUUUAGACGGUGUCGAUAUUUGUCAUGCGCCGCUUGAAAAUUUGGCUUCCAACUGGUAUCGAUUUUCUGCAGUGCAAGUUACUUCAACUUUGUCGAUUGCAAAUCUGACACUCCCAUAACGACAUUGCGACUUCCACCGUCACAAUCACCUCCACGGUACGGCCGAACUACCCACCAGAUUUCUACUACGGGGUCUACAGCUUCGGGGACGAUUUCCAGUACAAGAUGGAGUUCGGGUACGAUUCGAUCGAAGCGCCGAAUCAGGCGGACAACGCGCAUUUAGCCUCCUGUACCGGAGAUGGUUGUAAACAAUCCUGUUUCGCCAAGCAGUACAAGUCUUCAUUCGAGCGCGGCUACACUUCAAAGCAUCCGGAUUACGUAUCAAUUGCAAAAAUGUCUGGGUCUGGAAGAUUGCAAGUGUGUCAUGCUUGUCUGGCAUGAGUCGAGAAUCUGUGUUGCAUAGACACCGAAAGGCCCUCUUACCUGUCAUGCAAAAACGCAGGUUGCCAUGCGGAAUACGUAAGACAUAGGAGCCAAAAAAUUUGUCAUGCGUAGCUGCGUAUAAUUGCAGUGCUUCUACCAUUCACUUUUAGCAUCACAAGUUUCCAGACCCAGACAUAUUUGCAAUCCAUAUUGCGGCAUGAUCCACCACACGUAUAACCCGAAUGGUAUGAAAUGCAAAAGCAUCGUACUAGUACAAAUCGCAUUACAAAUGUGCUCAGCAUUAGAAAUGGAAUUUGUAAUGCGUAUUUGAAUUGAUAAAAAAAUUUGUGUUGCAUGACUGCAAUUACUACGAGUACGAUGCUUUUGCACAGGAUAAAUGGUGGCAGUCUGCAAGAUUAUGUGGACAUGAACUCGGACCACCGUGUAUCCUGAGCAAAAACGUCCCCACCCCAGAGUUGUAAUGCAAAUCUGCAUGCUCAGAAUGUUUCUCAUGCGGAGUUCCAUGAGAAGCAAUUUCUAGUCGUGUUCUGCAAUUUGCCAUGCUCGAAUGUGCAUGAUAUACUAGAUCUGUUACGCUGCUGAGCUAGCUGAAACAGCACUACGCUACGACUCCAAAUUUGUCAUGCAAAACAGCCAAAACUUGUGGAUUUGUCUAGCCGGUUCCCCAUCUUGACUAUGGGGUGGGGACGCUUUUACAUAGGAUACCGCCACUACGACUGGAGUUGGCGGCGCCACCCGAAGGUGGCGGCGCUGUACGACAAGGAGGACGGCGACAAUACCAACGCGAAUAAUUAUGACGCGAAUCCAUCGUCGGAAGAUGAUAAGGGGUGCUUACUACCCGCAGGUCGGUUCGACGGGGUCGCGGGGCACAAGAACGCACUGCUCGCGGCGGACAACGUGCACUGCCCGGGGGAGAACAAGGUUUCCAUGGUGCAACUCGCGAAGGGCUGCACGGUGGAUCUUUGCCCCACCUCCCCCACCCCGACGGACACGAGUAAAUCACAUUGCUUCCGCGUCGGCCCCGGGCCGGGCGUGUUUAAGGCGAGUGACGGGCAUUUCGAUUCGGACACCAUGUACGAAGCGCAUGUGUAUUGUCACAUUAACAAUCCGGAAGGGAUAUCAAAUGCAAAAAUGUCUGGGUCUGGAAGAUUCCUACAUUUGUCAUGCGUGUCUGACAUGACUCAAUAAUCUGUGAUGCAUGGGCACGAAGCGGUCCUCUUUUCUGUCAUGCAAGCGCGCAGUUUGCCAUGCGGAACACGCAACACGUAGGAGCCCAAAAAAUUUGUCAUGCUUGGCUCCGUAUUGCAGUGGAACUCUCGUUCACUUGUAGCAUCACAAGUUUCCAGACCCAGACAUUUUUACAUUUGAUAAGGGACGAUGAGUUCUUUUGCGGACAAUGCGGACGGUUCUGGGGCGAAGUGCUCCCUCCCAAUUGGGCGGUACGGGAACAGCUGGGUCAGCACGUGCCACCCAAACAAAAUCCUGACGGGAGACAUCCACGUUGGAUCAGAUCCUCUACACGGACCGUGUCCGGUGAAUGAUAAAGUUUCCCAAAUUAUCAUGUGUAAAAACGUCCCCGCACCAGAGUCAAGAUGGUAAAUCUGCUACACAAAUCAGCCAGCUCUGGCUGUUUCGCAUGACAAGUUUGUCCUUGUAGCGGAAUCCUGUUUAGGUAGUUCAGCAGCAUCACAGACCUAGCUUAUCAUGCUGGUUAUAGCAUCACAAAUCCCAAGACACGACUAGAAAACGCCUCUCAUGGGGCUCAGCAUGAGAAACUUUUUUGGCAUGCAGAUUUGCAUGACAACUCUGGGGUGGGGGCGUUUUUGCUGAGGAUACAGAUCGUGGUGAAAGCCGGCUGUGCCGCGCACGUGUUCCAGCACUGCGACGGGAUCUCGGGAAAUUCUAUCGCGAGGAGAAAUCCCCUCUCCCCAUAUUGACAAGGUACGUUUUCGAAAAUUUGUGUUGCUGAUUUGUGACCACAAAUCGUCUCUGUGUUGCAUGAAGACAACCCCACAGACAGAAGACAACCCCACAGACAGCCGCCGCAUUCUACAGGCGGUCUGUCAUGCUGUUGCUCCUACAGCGUAGACGUCUGGCAUGCUAAGCGCCUAGGCCAAAACCGGUCUACUCAGGCUUGAUAUGGGCCUGCAGUCCUCGUCGGCAAGACGGAGCUGAUUUGUGUACUACACAAAUCCAGCAUCAGAAACCUCGUUUUGAUAUGGGGAGGGGGGAUUUUUCAUUCUGAUAAAUUCCAAUCCGGCCGUGGACAACGCAGCGGUUUGGUACAUUAAGGGAAACCAGAACACCCCGGCCACGUUCACCGGGUCCCCCGGGACGGAGAACAUUGCGAUGCGGGCCUUACGCACUGCAAAUACGUGUCUGUGUCUGGAUCUGGAAAGGUGCAAACUUGUGAUGCUGCUUUUGGAAUCAAAACAAAAUCUGUAUUCCCCGAGUAGAAACAUUAGGCCGCCUCUUUGCAUCAACGCGAAGAGGGCAACAUUUGUCAUGCGGGAUAGGCAUCCAGAAGCACUCAGAAAAUCUGUGAUGCUGGGGCAGGCAUCACAGACAUAGUGGGUCAUACAAAAUGUGCAUGACAAGCACCUACUUUCUUCCAGACCCAGGCAUUUUUGCAGUUGAUAGGCCUUCCGCGACAACGACGCGUCGGACGUGAUGCUGUUCUGUCCGGAUGUGCCCCGCGCAAGUGACGUCACGGACAGCUCGAAGCAGGAAGUCGCUGGUGUUUCCUACCAGUUGAAGGGGUCUUUUUCCCUCUCCGAUUGCGGACGGGCUUGUUUAACGCUUGGGAAGGACUGCUUAGGCUAUCACCAACAGGUCUACGACAAGACAAACCGGAGGUACACGAAUUACAAAGCGGAUCAAUUAGCACCCUGUAUUUUACGUUUAACCCAGACUUCUAUCGAGCCGGAAACGAAACUGCUAUCGACCAAGAAAGUCUUCGGAAUGCCGGACGCCGUGACUAAUAGCUGGAUCGACUCCGCGUUCGGCGCUAUUGACAACAAACUGCAGGAGGAAACGCCGAAACUGUAUCCUGAGGAAAAACGUCCCCACCCCAGAGUUGUCAUGCAAAUCGGCAUGCUAAAAAUGUUUCUCAUGCGGAGGCCCACGAGAUGCAUUUUCCAGUUGUGUUUUGGAAUUUGUCAUGCUCCAAUCAGCAUCAUAUACGUAGAUGUGUGAUGCUGCUGAGCCAGCUCAAACAGCACUACACUACGACAUCAAAUUUGUCAUGCAAAACAGCCAAAACUUGCGCACUUGUCUAGCCGAGGCUCCAUCUUCACUAUGGGGUGGGGACGUUUUCACACAGGAUAAACUGCAAAUAAAACACAAGCAAAAAGACGCGUCGAUCGGGGGAAGGAAAGAAGCAGUUGCGUAUGGGGGCAGUGAUAUCCUGAGCAAAAAUGUCCUCACCCCAUAGUCAAGAUGCGAAAUCUGCUACACAAAUCAAGCACCUUUGGCUGUUUCGCAUGACAAGUUUGUCGUCGUGGUGCAGUGGUGCUGUUUGAGGUAGUUCAGCAGCAUGACAGAUCUAGCGCAUCAUGUUGAUUGGAGCAUGACAAAUUCCAAAACACGACUAGAAAAUGCUUCUCGUGGGGCUUUGCAUGAGAAACAUUUUCAUCAUGGUGCGCAUCUGCAUUACAACUCUGGCGUGGGGAAGUUUUUACUCAGGAUAAGUGAAGCCACGGACUUUUUCGACAUGUGCUACACGAAAAUGGACGGUGAGACACUGAUAUCAAAUGUAAAAAUGUCUGGGUCUGGAAGAUUGCCAGGUUUGUCAUGCACGUUUUGCAUGACGUGUGAGGUCUGUGAUGCAUGCCCUAGCAUCACAGAUUUUGUGAGAUCUUUACCAUGCCUUUUCCGCAUGAGAAACCGCCUCUCGGCCUUCUCAAAAGUGAACAGCUUUAUUGGUAAUCAUGCAACACAGAUAUUUAUAUGAUUCAGAUUUAGCAUGACAAGUUGUACUCUUCCAGACCCAGACAUUUUUGCAUUUGAUAACUGUCAGCAGCCGAGCAGAAGGAGAUCUAUUCGCUGACCGGUACAUCUGACUACAGUGUCUACGAGUCGAUCGCGCGAAACGGCCCGUGCAGCUACAGCUCGAAUGCAGCUGGAAUUUGGAAAGCGCGGUUCACCCCGGCUUUUGCCACCCCGUUCCAGAUCCACAGCGACUUUAAGGAAUUCUGCUACGGGACGUGUAAUAAAUUUUCCUCUUGCGCUGGGAUUUCGUUCUCCGAGCGGCCGCCCGAUGUGCACGGGAAGUACGGCUGCGAUCUGAUCUUCGAGGGCCAGCUCCCCCCGGACAGUGAGUUGCCGGUAAGUGAUUUCUUCGCGGUGGUGUGGACGAAAGAAGCGAGUUUGAACUCUUUGUUAAUCGAUUCCUCCGCCAGUUCCACAGAUUCCGUGAUCCGGCCGCAAGUCGCUUCCCCGGUGCCGCCGUUGAUGACAAGCGGCCAGUGGUUCUGUGUGGCGAAGAAGACAACAGGUGCAGCAGCAGGUUCAUCUCCGCAAUACCUCCGCUCGCGCGGUAUGCAUGCGUUGGGGGCGACCAGGUUCAAGAAGAUCACUAAAGAACCCGCUUCAUCCACCGCCGACGCAAGCACUUGCCUUUCGAAAUCUUUAUUCCACCCGGAUCAACUCCCCUCGUCCCCGAAAGCGAUUGAUGUCAUUGAGUUGGAGAUUCUCGGCAGCGAAAUUUCUUUAGACCGCUGCUUGUACACUUGCGAGCUGAAGAAGCACGAAGAUCCAACCGUGGGGAAUUGCAAGGCUGUCGUCUACCGCUCGAGUGAUGAGACCUGCGUGCUCGCGUGGUUGUUGAAGAAUGCCGGGACCGUGGCGGUCGAAACCUUCACCAAAGCGAUGCAACAGGCGAUUCGGGAUCAAGCACCGUUUUCAGUCGGUUUGUCCGCGUUUGUGCGGAGGGCUCCGGAGUUGUUGGUGUCCUUACCCCAGAUGAACAGCGACGUGUUACGGCCAAGUUUCAGCGGGUAUGACAAUUUGUUCAACCAGAUCCUAACCGCGACCUUCAACCGGGCGGAAACGGAGCCGUUGUCGUUAUUACCGCAUUUGGACUUCCUGAAUCUGCCCGGCGGCAACACCAGUUUCAAAUCCAUUCGCCUCGUACAGGAAAGGAUGCGAAUUCGGACGAGGUUUUUACUCCCCUUGAUUCCCGGGACUUUGUCGACGAAUCUAGUUGCUACCGCACCGUCGAACUCGCCGCAGUCUUUGGAUUAUCUCCUCGAUUUGAUCCGCCCGGCGGUGCAAAAGGCGGUGGUGAUCAAUCUUAGAGGAAGUCACGACUCGCUUGGCCCGAACGGGGCGUACUCCGAUUUGUUCCAGGAUUUAUCGCCCGGUAACAUCACGGUUUCGGUGUAUUCCAUCCCGGACUUGUAUAAAAAGUCGAAGCAGCUCCCGAGUACUGCUAUCCCAGCAAAUCACGCAGAUUCCGUUCUGGUUGAGAUUUCGGUACCAUUAGCCGUUGACUUUACGAAUCCGAAUCUUGCUAACCUGACCGAUGCACAGGAAUUAUCGGAUCUGAAGCAGAACAUUGCGGAUAUGCUGACGCCGAGUUCCGCGGACUCUGCGUCGACGAAUACCACCGGUUCUGGGUCGACUACUACAAGCACGAUGUUUACAGAGGUUCUUCCCAUCCAACUCUCUUUCGCGGGCGUCCCGGUUUCUGAACCUUUAUUCGCAACGGGGAGUGGUGCCGACGCGGACGAGAUGGUUCUGAAUAAAUACAGCAAAGCGGUGUUGACGGAGUUAGUAGCGCCGAACGCUGAUGGAACAAGCACUUCUCUGGGCUUCACUCUCCCGCCCAACAAAGUUUCCUCCGCCGUCCAGCCGAUCGUGUCCUCCACGGAAGCCAGCAACGUGAAAUUUAUCCGGUCCAAACUCCGUUUGAAUGUCAGCUUCAGGGGGAAGCAGUUCAAAGACUGGGUGCAGAACGCAAUCGCGACAAAACUGCAAGAGGAGGUGGAUUUCUGCGCUUCUACUACGAACGUGAAUUCCGAUGAUGUUGAGACACAGAAGCAAACCAAAAACUUCUACUUCGCGAAGAAACUGCAGCAGGAGAUUGCAGCCGGGGGGUUGGACAAGUCGGAAAUUCCGAAGAUCAAGAAGGAAAACGUGAUAGUGUUUGAACAAAUCUCCUCCGCGGCAAGGGGGGCUAAAACCUUGGACUUCGAAAUCCUCGUGAAAAUCGAGGAAUCCGAGGCGGUGAACGCGGUGUCGAGUUUGGUUUUAUCGCUUUUAUCUUCCAAAGAUUCCGAGGAAUCUUACACUUUCGGCCCGAAUUCGGUUUCGAACUUCGGGAAGGAACUGAAGGACUUUUUAAUCUCGACGAAAAACACGUAUUUCUCCCAGUCCUACGGCGGCGCGCUAAAAGGGGUUAGCCUCCCAUCGAUGGCGCAAGCCAGUCCGACGGCGAAAAAUCUCCGGUUCAGCUUCGAUUUCUCGUUGGAUGCGACGAACUCCGCGUCUUUAUCCGAUGCGGAAAUCAACGAAAAAGUGACAAAUUUGGCGAAAGUAUGCUGAGUAAAAACGUACCCACCCCAGAGUUGUCAUGCAGAUCUGCAUGCCAAAAAAGUUUCUCAUGUGGAGCCCCAUGCGAAGCAUUUUCUAGUCGUGCUUUAGAGUUUGUGAUGCUAGAAGGAGCAUGAUGCACUAGAUCUGUGAUGCUUCUGAACUAGCGAAGCAGGACCACACCAUGAGGGCAAACUUUUCGUGCGAAACAGCGAAAGCUGGUUGAUUUGUCUAGCAGAUUUGCCAUCUUGACUCUGGUGCGUGGGCCCCGUUUUUACUCAGGAUAGAAAGCGGCGUUAGCUACUGCGAUUUAUCGAGGGACCGGGAUCUGGCUCAUGCCGGCGCAGAUCUCACUGUAUUUCUUGGAGAACUCCAUCACGCCUUUCAAAUCCCCCGUGUUUCAACUGACGAUCCCCGCGACGAAGCCGAAACUGCAGUGGUUCUUGGCCUUCCAGUUGGAGAAGUUCGUGACGGAUUACGUCGCGGUGGAAUUGAACGCCCUAACUGCGACUGUUCCGGGAACAACGGCGAGUGUGGAGAGUUGUGGCAUUUUGGCGCAGAGGUUGGGGUACACAGACACUUCCGCUCCAAACAGUAAGCCAUUCAGCUGUGACAGUUGGAAGCAGAUAGUUUCCUACACGGCGGUAUCAACUGUAAAAAUGUCUGGGUCUGGAAGAUUGCCAGGUUUGUCAUGCACAUUUUGCAUGGCUCCUGAUGUCUGUGAUGCAUGCCCUAGCAUCACAGAUUUUGUGAGGGCUUCCUGAUGCCUAUACCGCAUGACAAAUGCUCUCUCCGUGUAGCAAAACUUGGACGCUCUUUGCUGCUCAUGCAAUACAGAGUUUUUUAGAAUCCAAAAUCAGCAUGACAAGUUGGAUUCUUCCAGACCCAGACAUUUUUACAGUUGAUAGGUGGACUCCGCGAAGAUCAAGCCGUACACGAAAUCCUCCUCUUAUGGACGUGUCAGGCUUGAAAUCGUCAAAGUUGAAAUAAUUUGUAAUGCAUAAAAUGCAUGGCCCGAGGUACGUGCGUUGCAGAGCAGGCAAGUGAGGCCGAUUGUAUGCCUGUUAGGGGUUACAGCUCGAGCUGCUAAAGUAGCAUGAGAAAAUCACUCUUCUUUGCCUAAACAGCAUGACAAACUGGAUUUAGGGCCCACCAAAAUUUGUCAUGCGCCACUUGGUAACUGGGUUCCAACUGGCAUCCAUUUUAUGCAUGACAAAUUAUUUCAACUUUGUCGAUUUCAACUCUGACACAUCCAUACCUCUUACGUGGCUGCGGAUCCUGGUGUGCUGGAAGAUGAUCCAGUUGUUUCGACCGGGACGGUUACUACAACAUUAGCUGGAAGUGGAACCGCAGCUCCGGUUAUUCCCCCAACUACCCGUAUCAUGCAGCAGGUUGUUGGCUUCACCUUAACUUUGCCGUUAGACGCUCCAUCCGCCGACGGGAAAGUUCUGCAACCGACGAGCAUCCAGGUGUUGCAGAAUUGGGUUGAGCACGUUAUCAAACAAGAAGCGGGGAGGAUUUUAGCUUCCGACACGGCUGUCGAAUCCUCUCUGCAAAAACCUGACGGCUCGAAAGGCGACAUUUCCCUCCAAAUCCCCACGACUGGGAUUACAGUCGCAGUAGAAUCCGCUUCAGAAACGAAGGUAACAACCCCGGCGCCCUGUCAGCUCUACGAGCCGGGGUCUGCGGUGCCGGGGAAGUGGGAACUGUACAUGUACAAGCACGGGGAAGUAAUCGAGAACAACGGGUGGCGCGACAUGCGGUACGGGCAAAACCCGAACGGUUUGAAUUCCCUCUGCCCCCACCCGACAAGUGGAAAUGCGAAGAUGGCGGAGGCGACCUUUGACCAGAUCUGCUACAAGGAAGUCUUGGCGGUGGGCGGGACCGGGGCCUGGGUGCGGAUCAAGCGGAAGGACAAUGGGUGUAUUCCCGCGGCGCACGCGUUUGGACCGGGGGAACACUUAUGCAUUGCAAAUAUGUCUGGGUCUGGAAGGAUGCAAGUCUGUCAUGCGUGUCUUACAUGACUCCUAAUUCUGUGAUGCAUGACCAGGAAACGGGCCUCUUGCCUGUCAUGCAAAAACGCAGUUUGUCAUGCGCAAACGAAACGCAAGGCAGCUACAAAAUUUGUCAUGCUCGGCUGCGUAUGUCAGUGUGCUUCACAUUCACAGAUUUGCAUCACAACUUUCCAGACCCAGGCCACACGUUUGCACUUCAUAGCACUCUAUCAACGGCCAGUACUCCAUGGUGACGUCGAGUGGGUUAUCAAAUGCAAAAAUGUCUGGGUCUGGAAGAAUCCGAACUUGUGAUGCUGCAUUUGGAUUCCGAAAAAAUCUGUAUUGCAUAAGCAGCAAAGGGAAGGCAAUUUUGGCUACGCGGAGAGGGCAUCUGUCAUGCGGAAUAGGCAUCGCGAAGCCCUCAAAAAGUCUGUGAUGCUAGGGCAUGCAUCACAGACAUCAUGGCCCAUGCAAAACGUGCAUGACAAGUCUCAGAAUCUUCCAGACCCAGACAUUUUUGCAUUUCAUAUGGGUUUUCGGGCGACGCGAAGGUCGGCCCGGUAAACCACGGUCCGCUCUUUUCUGACGCGAUGGGGGGUGGCCAGUGGAUGUGGCGCUGCAAUAAAAAACCGGGAAUGCAAUACGAUGCGGAGAAUUGCGCGUCAUACGAUACCGGGGGUGUUUUGGGUAAUUCUUUCUCGGAUCCUAAUACCUGGGGCAAUCUGAUUUCGAUGCCCGGCAUGUAUGACGCGGGGAAAGGGGAGGCAAACUGCUGCAAGAAGGGGUACAGCUGGGCCUGGUACGGAAAAACGACGACGGCGACGGACGUCAGGCCUGCUUUCUCCGUAUCAAAUGCAAAAAUCUCUGGGUCUGGAAGAAUGCCAGACUUGUCAUGCAGGUUUUCCAUGAGCCAUGAGGUCUGGUAUGUAGGACAUAACAUGACAGAUUCUCUGAGAGUUCUAUCCUGCAUGAGAAACUGCCUUCCAAAUUGGUCGAAAGUGGAUGGCUUUUGGCACUCAUGCAACACAGAUUUUUGCAUCAUUCGGAAUUAGCAUGACAAGUUGCAAUCUUCCAGACAUCCAGGGAUUUUUGCAAUCCAUACUCCGGCGUGCUCGGAAUGCAGAUUAUCAACGCGACGUUUUUAGUCAGCAUUCCGGUGGAUAUGGUCGUGGAAAGCAGUAGUAGUAGUACGAGUGCAGCUGGAUCAUCCGGCUCUGGCUCUACUGGUGCAGCUUCCUCUAGUACAACCACCGCUGCGAUUUUGGACGUGAAGCAACUAGAGCAGACCUUUUCCGCGGUCGCGAAAGCGAUCAAGGAGAAACUGCCCGCCGGGGUGGAAACCGCGUUGACAAACACUUACAAACUCGGCUUGAGGAAGGAAGAGAUUGAAUUUCUCAACGACCCAGUUCCCGCGGGCGACAGUUUUGUCUCAACAGAACCGGCGGGAAGUUCCAUUUCCCCAACUACAGGUCAGUCCGCCGCGAGCCCAACAUUUGUGGAGGGGAAGUUGAAGUUUUCCACCCACAGAGGGGUUUACAACAAGGACAUCUCCCCCGAAGCCGCAAUGGAAUUGGAGGAGAAACUGCUGAAGGAAGCGCUGCAAAUCGCCAUUCAAAAAGCGGUGAAACGAACCGUCUUGAAAGAAGAACUCCGGCAGUCGGACCCCUUGGCGAUCGAAGAGAGCAACUUCGAGCAACCGGCGGUGCAGAUUUCCCCGCCUUCAUCUGUGCGCGUAGUGAAGGAGGAGCGAACGGCGACGGUUUUGUUCCACGGGUACUACAGUUCAGACAUUGUGGGCGAGUUGUUAGCUGGGUUCUCUGAUUCCCCGAACAGCAACCAGACGGCUUUGGUCCAGGCGAUUGCGAAUGAGUUCGCAAAAGAGGUGCAGAACCCGACGACUCCCACGACCGCGAAGAUCGGGGUGAGUAAGAUCGGGUUGAAGGAAAAUAGUUCCGCUUCGAUUGUGUCGCAGACGAAGUUCUCUUUAAAGGUGAAAGCGCCGCAGAAGACCACAGCUUAUUUGUUAUCCACCGUCUUUCAAAAUUCGCCCUCAGUUCUACAACUAGAACACGCUGUGGCGAAAGCAGUCGCGAGCUCGUUCCGUUCCGCCGUUGGUGCGUUCGACGAAUCGGUCUUGUCCGCUGAGCAUGUUUCCGUGACGCUGAAUCCUGAUCAAGUACCGGGGAUCGAUUCGGAAGUGGAAUUCACUUGCUCCGUCCCGUUUGGAGAUCCGGUGACAAGUGAAGAAGUGCUCAACGUGGAGUCGAACCACCCGUAUUCGGUGAAAUUUAAGCAAGAUUUGUUGAACAACGUGAAGCAGAAUUUCAUCACUCUAAAACCAGUCGACCCGAACCCAAAUAUCAUCGCGGGCGCGGCCAGUCUCUACUCUGAGCAGCAAAUCCAAUCCAACGUGAAACAAGGCUCGGUGCAGACGACCUCUUUUGCUUCCAACCGCAUGCAUCUGGACGUUUUAUCGGAGAAGGCGCAGUUGGACCGAUUGUCUUUGACUGCGAUUGUGAAAACUUCUGCCGCGAAAGCGAUGGUGGAGGCGCUGGCGAC